AUGGCAUCGUCGAGCUCGUCAUGGACAGCAAGGCAAAACAAGCAAUUCGAGGAUGCUCUGGCCGAGUACGUGAAGGACACGCCCGACAGGUGGCACAAAAUAGCGAGACAUGUCACGGGUAAAACGGCCGAUGAAGUUAGGCGGCACUAUGAGGCCUUAGAGAAGGACAUCAUGAAGAUAGAGAAUGAUCAAGUCCCCAUUCCUAAUUACAACAACAUGGCCAAUGCCAGAGGAUAUGUUCAUGAACAGAGGCUUCUGAAGAAUCUGAAGCUGCAAUGA